GCCUUGCUAUUGGCCUAUCGUAGUCGCCGUGAUCGGCAGCGGCGACUUGAUCCUGGGAAGAAGUCGAAGGCUUGCGACUUUCUAUCGAGUUCGCUCCCAACUGCCAAAGUUGGAGAAUGUGAGCGGGGUGGGAAUGAGCGUGCCAAGACUUUGCAUCUGUCCCUGGUCACCACCGCGCCUGCUGCUUUGAAAAGUCCGUCCUCCGCACUCUCCGCCAUUGAUUAGCAAAUUGACCGAACCAGAACUCGAAAUGGGUGAAACCUCGAAACGCAAGGCGGAGAACAGCGGCGGAGGCGACGGAAAACGAGCGAAGACCAAAAAGCAGUGGCGGACUCCAACGAAUGGACGUGAUGGAGGCAGCUACCAACAGCAGCAAACCAUUCAAGCUGGAGACGUGGGUAUCUUCGUCACAUGUAUCAAAGGCAAGGAAAGCAAGGCCACAGGCGAGAUGAGAGACCUCUUGGACGACUACGCCGAGCGACUCUACCCCGAAGCUCUUGCCGCCGGCAAUGAUGAGAACGAACAGGAUGACGACGGUGCAGGCUCGGGAGUCGAUGAUAUAGAAAAGGAGAUCAACGCCGAAGUCCAGGAGAUCCGAAAGCCGAAGGUUGCGAGGUUGUUCACGCCCAUUCAACUGAGCACCCAGUGCAUUGUUUUCUUCAAGACCAUCGAUCCGGUGGAGCCGGUCUCGCUCGUAAAGAGGAUAUGCGAAGAUGCCAUGAGCGACAAUGCUCGCAAGCGAACUAGGUUUACACAAAGACUUACACCUAUGACCUUCAUGGGCCGAGCAUCCGCGGAAGGGCUGGAGCAAGUGGCCCUCAAAGUCCUUGGUCCGCACUUUCACCAAGAACCGUUCAAAGCACGCACGUUCGCAAUCCGGCCGACGAUCCGAAAUCACAACAUCUUGACCCGCGACAGCAUCAUCAAGCAAGUUGCUAGUCUCGUAGGGGAAGGCCACAAGGUCGAUUUGAAAAACUACGAGCUACUGGUCAUUGUUGAAGUAUAUCAGCACAUCUGCGGCGUCAGUGUCGUGGACAGCGAUUUUGAAAGAUUGAAACGCUUCAACAUCUCGGAACUCUUUGAGCCAACUCCGAAAGAGCAGGCCAAGGAGAAGUCGGGGAGCGAAUGAAAGCACGAAUUGGUGAGCGAUCUGUCAUCGGCAAGUCCGAGUCCGCGACACCUGGGCACCAUGGUUCUCGGAGCUCUCAUCCGUGUCUUGCAUUAUUCACAGGUCUCAAGCUGCGGUCAAAUCCCCAUCAGACACUGCAGGACGUCGCGAGUGGCACCUGAAUUGGGGAUCGUGUUUGACAGAUCUGUCAAAACAAGCGAGCCUUAGGCGACUUAACGAGGAUCUGCCGCCUUCCGGCCCGUUAACCGAGAUGGUGGGACCAUCAAGUAUCGCUAGGCGAAGCAUCUUUCCCUCGCAGACUUUCACAAAAUCGAGGGCCCGAAAAGUGGCUUGGCUCGGUUUGUGCGCCGGCGGCAGCACUGUAGCGAUGAGGAUUUGCGGAUGGCACCCUGCAAUGGAACGACUCUGAAGUCGGGAGGCGAGAAGCAACUGACUACGAGGCGCUGCAAGAUCCUGAAGGCGUUCUCCAAGAUCUUGUACUCGCGAUCAUCGACGCAUUUUGCAGUGGCUUGAUCUCUGUGCUCCCUGGCGCACAUGGCUUUGCUCGCGUGGACUUCCGACGACUGGGUAAAGCUUGACGUCGGGUCGUACUACACCGCUGCUACAAGCACCAUUCUACCUUAACGCUGUCUGGUGUCUGCAUCGUACAAGACGUCAGCCGCACCAAAACGCCGGUCUUCAAUUAAUCUUUCUGCUUCGUCGACAGUAGUUCUGCAACGCAAUCACACUCUUGGCUGUGCUGCGUUGCUGUAUGUUGGCGUUCGGCUCCAGAACCGAAAACAGACCGGAAAUGCAUCAUGGACGCAGGGGAUCGGCACUAAGACCUGGUCCGGUGUAGAUAGACGAGCUCGCUGACGACUUGCUCGCCUAUGCCUGAGUCUAAUUCGCAACCGCGGCGCCAUAGCGCCUUUACCAACGACCAGUGCACGCUCCAUGGAGGGAGAAUUUGAGAAAGCAAAGCGACAAUUGGUAAGUGGAAGCCUCGGCAUGCAUAGUGGAAACAUGCACUGCCCUAACAAGACGUUACACUUCCUUCUUCACAGCCCUCUGUAUUGUGCAUUUUAUUGCCUCACAACGAGCCGACGCCAUCGAUGCUCGACCCGCAGCAGCCCACUAUCCACACCUGACUUCGUACAUCUCGCUUUGCAGAACCAAACAGAUUGCUCGAUUAGCGGUAUGGCGCAUAUUGACGAAGCCUGAUGUCGA